AUCCCAAAAAUUCAAGCUUGCUUGUCACCUGUCGCAACUUCUUCCCUGUCGGUGUUGUUGAAUGAAGUGAAUGGAUUGCUGGGACGGGAGUGUGACGUGUUAUUUCAGCGACGUAAAUGUAAUUUACCACGUGGGUCGCAGAUUCGUCUGAAGGAGUGAGGUAAACAACAGCCGUUCAACACCGUUCUUCGAGGCUUCUUUUGGAUAUCAACUCUUGUGUCUUUUUGCUGGUUAAAUUUCCUCUAAAACUGAAAAGAGACGGGUUCGUUUCUCUCAGUGUUUGUCUCCAGACCAUGCCCUACGACCCCGAUACUCCACCGGCGAAGAGAUUUAAGCCGGGGUCUCAUUUUCCGCGUAUUGACAAGAAGCCUGGAAUGCUGCUACCCAGAAAGGGAAAUACAACUGUACCAAUAGACAUUCAGAGAAAACAUCUGCCAAUAUACCAAGCAAAGUCCCAGCUUAUCAACCAGUUGAGACAACUACACAAUGCUGUACUUAUAGGCGAAACGGGAUCAGGCAAAACAACUCAAAUUCCACAAUACCUUUACGAAGCUGGCAUUGGACGACAAGGCAUCGUUGCCAUCACCCAGCCUCGGCGUGUCGCUGCAAUUUCCCUAGCGGGCAGAGUCGCAGAGGAAAAGAAAACUCAACUUGGAAAGUUGGUGGGGUAUACGGUGCGAUUUGAAGAUGUGACGUCCCCCGAAACCAAACUAAAGUUUAUGACUGAUGGCAUGCUUCUGCGCGAGGCAAUCGGAGACCCUCUCCUCCUGCGGUACACGGUGGUGGUGCUGGAUGAAGCCCACGAGAGGACCGUUCACACCGAUGUGCUUUUCGGCGUGGUGAAAACCGCACAACAGAAGCGCCGUGAGCAGAACAAGCAACCCUUGAAAGUCAUUGUCAUGUCUGCCACAAUGGACGUGGACCUGUUCUCCCACUACUUCAACAAGUCCCCUGUGCUGUACUUGGAGGGUAGGCAGCACCCCAUCCAGAUCUACUACACCAAGCAGCCCCAGUCGGACUACCUCCAAGCAGCGCUGGUCUCCAUAUUCCAGAUCCACCAGGAGGCGCCGCCGUCCCAUGACAUCCUGGUUUUCAUGACGGGGCAGGAGGAGAUCGAGGCUCUGGCCCGCACCUGCCGGGACAUCUCCAAGCACCUCCCGGAGAGCUGCGGGCCCAUGGUGGUCAUCGCUCUCUACGCCUCCCUGCCCCCUGCACAGCAGCUCAGGGUCUUUCAGCCUGCCCCAAAGGGCUGCAGAAAAGUAAUCCUUUCUACUAACAUCGCAGAGACCUCAAUCACAAUAUCUGGGAUCAAGUAUGUUAUUGACACGGGAAUGGUGAAGGCAAAGCGGUACAAUCCAGACAGUGGCCUGGAGGUGCUGGCGGUGCAGCGGGUGUCCAAGGCGCAGGCGUGGCAGAGGGCCGGCCGGGCGGGACGAGAGGACUCCGGCUCCGUCUACCGCCUCUACACCGAGGACGAGUUUGACAACCUGGCCAGCAUGACUGUGCCCGAGAUCCAGAGGUGUAACCUGGCCAGUGUUGUGCUUCAGCUGCUGGCCCUGGGCAUUCCUGAUGUGCUGAAUUUUGAUUUCAUGUCAAAGCCCUCUCCUGAGUCUAUGCGCAUGGCCGUGAGCCAGCUGGAGCUUCUGGGGGCAGUGGAGCGAAAAGACGAGCAGGUCCUGCUCACCCCACUGGGAAAGAAAAUGGCCAGCUUUCCUCUGGAACCCAAAUUUGCCAAGACCAUCCUGCUGUCUCCAGACUUCUCCUGUGCGGAGGAGGUGCUGACCAUCGUGUCCCUGCUGUCAGUGGACUCGGUGCUGUACAACCCGCCUGCUCGACGGGAGGAGGUGCAGGCCGUGCGCAGGAAGUUCAUCUCCAGCGAAGGCGACCACAUCACACUGCUCAACAUCUACAGGGCCUUCAAGAAAGUCAGCGGCAACAAGGAGUGGUGUCGGGAGAACUUUGUCAACAGCAGAAAUAUGGGCCUGGUGUCUGAAGUGCGCGCCCAGCUCAGAGAUAUUUGCAUCAAGCUUGGCCUGAAGCUGGAGUCAUCCCAGUCGGACCUGGGCAACGUGCGGCGGUGCCUGGCCCACGGUCUCUUCACCAACGCGGCGGAGCUGCAGCCCGACGGCACCUACAUAGCCCUGGACACACACCAACCCGUGGGCAUCCACCCGUCCUCCGUCCUCUUCCAGGCCAAGCCAGCCUACGUGGUGUUCAACGAGCUGCUGCACACCUCGCGCUGCUACAUGCGCGACCUGUGCCUGGUGGACGCCGAGUGGCUGCAGGAGGCGGCGCCCGAGUACUUCCGCCGCAAGCUGCGCGCCACCAAGAGCUAGCCACCAGAGGGAGCCACAGCUGCCCAUCCUCUCCACCAUACACUGUGUGUAGUUAUUAGGCAAUAUGGUCGACGUAUUUUGAACAUAUUGUCAAUUUUAUGCGUAUUGUCCAUCUCCAACCUGUAUGAACAUAAAAAACUAUUGGAUUUAAGCGUUCCAGUUAAAUGCACAUUUGUGUAACAUUACAAGAGAGGGUGUGAUCUAAGGAGCCCAACACCCUAUUAGCUAUCCUCUGGGGAAACCGGCCACAAAUAAAGAUCUAAGAAUGUAUGGAAAGUCUAUAAAUAAUUUAAAGACUUCCAGAAGGAUGUGACUGUCUUGAAGUUGCCUGAUAAUCAUGCAUACCUGAUAUAGGGUGUUGGGAUCCUUAGAUCUCACCCCUCUCCUUAUGCCGGGCUUACACUGUGGGAUUUUUAGCCUGAUUUGCCACGAUUUGUCAGUAGCGCGACUUUUUUGGAAUUGGGCUGAUUUCUUGCUCAAUUGGAGGUCAUUUGUGAGUCUCACAUCAUGUAGUGUACAUAGGGUAAAGACAAACAAUUUCACCUCACGACCAGCUUACAAUCUGAAGUCGCAUGGUUGCAAGAAAAUCAAAUCUCUUUGAAAUCCUGGUCACCCCUUGUGAGUGAAUCGCACAGUUGAAGCAAUGCUACGACCCGAAUUGACACUACCCAUGCACAAAAGGCCCAAAUUGUCAGGGCAGCGCAAUUCGCUCUUUAGCGCAUCCUCACCUUCACCUCAGGUGCGUGUUUCCUUUCUGCAUUUUUGUCAUCUGCAGAUCCAGAAAAGAAGCCCGUCUGUCAUACAGUUUGAGCACUCUGGUUGCAUACGACCUUCAGUUUGUAUAGGGUGAGGGCGUGAAUCGUGAGAUGUGAACUUUUAAACCCUACUUUUCUCUCAUACAGUGUGUGUGAGAAGGAGCUGGAUAACGCGAUUGAAAAUAUCGCGCUGUGUAUGGCCGCCUUUGCACAAAUCUGCAUUACAGUGGAAUCCUCAAAUCUAAGAGGUUGUUAUUUUCAUACAGGUUGGAGUUAGGAAAGCGUAAAAUGGACAAUAUCUGUUUGCCUAAUAAAUCUACAUACAGUGUAUUAUUUUAGCUGGCCUGUGCACAUUAGACAUGACUCUGCGUUUCACACGUUUAACCUCAGCAAGAUAUUGUGCUCCACUUUUUUGCAAGUAACACGAAUUGCAGAGGAAAUGUACAUACAACACACUUUCAACUAAAGCAUGAUGGUUUUCUUCAGUGGAAAAAAAAUCAAUGCAAAUCACUGCAAUGGAAAAUUAUAUCAACCAAUGGACAGUUACAUUUUCCUCCCCAGAAGGUUGCGUAUUGUGUCAGAUGUUAACUCUCUUAAACAGUUAUCUCGCUGGGACAGGAAGUUUUGCCAACACUGGUUUGGCAAUAAAGGUUUACAUGCUCCAAAAUACCAGUAAUAAUAACUAUAAAAAUGGCCUUGAAAUUUUGAAGAACUUCGGCAGGGGUGUUCUCUCAGCUGUUGGACUUGGGAAGCCAUCUUCUUCUGUUUUUGCAAUGACCAGUAUUUUAGCUUUUACCUAUGAACUACACCUCUCACUCCUCAAAGGACCUCCUGUUAUCACACCAGAGCCUUCAUACUGAAGGAUUCAUUUUGUUUUUCUUUUGUUUCCAAGCGCACGAUGAAUGAGAAAUUCUAUCUUCUACUCUGGAAUGUUAGAUGUUUAGCAUCAUCGUAGUCAUACAAAUGCAUGUGACUGAGCUUUAGACAGAAGGUGUUGAGCACCAUGAUACGUUCUUCUCACAGGACCUGUACAUAAAUAUGCUAUGCAUGUACAAAAAAAAUGGCCACUCAGGUUUUUGAUACAUUCCGUUGAAUGUAUCAUAACUUAUGGUUUGACUAUAAAGCUUUGUAAACCUACAGUUAGAUUAGUAAACAUGAGCUGUACAUUUUAGAUUCGUUUUUAAAUUUUUGAGGCAGUCUUAUUCUGUACCACCAUUUUACCACCCUUGGUCUCAGCCAUAUUAACUACACUUUGAAUACUGUUUGCGUUCCCGUCAUCUCUGCAUCCAAAAAAGCCUUAGAAACACACAGUGGCUGUCACAGGCACAAGGUCACAUUACAAAUGCUUGUAAGUCUCAACAUGUGAAAAGUAACAGUUGAAUUUCACUUGUGUCUCUUUUGCAGUUGGCAGGAUGGUUUAUGUCAAACCCAAAGUCAAGAAAGUGAAUUCACUCAUAUGUAUAAUGAGGAUUGAGCUCUUUUGCUCUGUAAGCUGCUAUGAUGCUUUGAGGGGUAAGCCUUUACGCACUUUGAAAGAUAUUUUGUAAGAGAAAGUGCAUGUUUGAAUUAUUCACAUUGCCACUGUUCGGAAUGUGUUAUUUAAUGUCAAAACAAGGUUUACUAUUAAAACUUUUCAUAAUGA